AAAGAGGUGCGAGGUGCGAUUUUGCGUGCGUUAUCACAAGUGCCAGUCGACGUGCUUGUCACUGAAAGUGAUUCGAAUACUCCACGAAAUUCAUGUCGCAUCCAAUGCGUGUGUAUCGUCCUCGCACACUUGGAUAAAGGAAUAGGAAGCAAGGAAAGAGUUUCGCUCAAAUAUUUCGCACCGCGCAAAGUAUCGUAAGUACCUAUUGAAUACGACCAAAAUGAUUAACGGAGCGCGAGAACACGCCAGCGGGAUGAAUGGAUUCUGCAUUAGCAUAUAUAAGAGCAAACAAUGCAAUUUCGCCAUAGGAACGUCGUGGAAUCUCACGCAACUUGAUUCGCCGCCUGUACCGCUCAUAAACAGUAACACAAUGCACGGUGUCUCUGUGUACGCGCGUACUUGCGACGGCGCGAGUCAUUGACCAAUUAAUAAAUAGAAAAUAUGAAAUAUCGCCACGUUACGCGUCGGAUUUUCCACGAUAUUUCAAUCAGCGCGCCGCAUUUAUCUGUAAAUUAAUUGAAAGAUAGAUUUUUUUUAUUGAAUUAAAAAAUGUAUUAAUUAAUCUUAUUGAUUUUGUCGAAUUGUUUCUUCGCAUCUGAUUGUGUCAAGAACGACGCUAUCAGAUCUACAGAUGCGUAUCGCUCCGCCCGCGCGGCAAUUAACGUUAAUGAGCCACACAACAAAUAUCGUACUUCCUAGUUUCACACAAGCCAACUAUCGUUGACGGUAAGCGGAAUGGAGACGCUUUCAUGCUCUGUUUCGGGGACUUCAGUCCACUGAGUUUCUACAGGAUGUCUUGGGAGAUAUUUUAAUGACGUACACGAGGCACGCAGCAUAGGCGGGCGUGUAAACCGUAAUCGUCGCUGAAAAAUGCAAAAAUUUUAUUAAGCGCUAUUAAUUAAACAUCGCUUCGGUCAUCACUUUUUUUAGUCUUCUUCGGGUAUUUUCUUUUCUGUUAAGUAAAAUUCUUUUCUCGUCAUUAACCGAUGUUUUUAAUUCUUUUUUGAAUUGUAUAAUAGUUGACAAAAGCAACGUUUCCUCUUCUUCAAUGCGUUUUGAAAUCCGCCGAAGUUGUGAAGACGAUAUUACGAAAGUCGUGCAUGCUGAAACUCGUUAAAGAGAAAGUGUCUCAACUCGGUUGUGCUUGCAAGAUAUGUAUACAUAACAGAUAAAAUCGCAAUGCUUAUCGCAGGUGAUGCAGCUCCGACAGUUGGCAAUUUGGCUAUUCAUGCUCUCGUCGACCGGUAUCGCGUACGCCGGUUUUGGCAAUGGGAACGCGUGCAGCGGACCGCUGGAGCGUGCACUGGACGCGCUUCAUAGGGAUACUGCGAAAAGAAACAAAUUGGACGAAAAGGAAGCUGGAACGUCAUAUCAGCGAGAACUGAGUUCCGCCCCUUUCGAAAUGUCCGUCUCUCGUAUAGCUGUAAAGCUGCCGGAAAACACGAAGGAGUCCGGAAGUCAUUGGGCGCGGGUGGAGCAAUGCAUGUACGAGCCCAAUCGCCACGCUCUGAGGACGCGCGUGGUAUUCAACGAUCUCUCGGUGUCCGGCAUAGUGUCUUUAAUUCCGCGAGAUCAUCACGCCCUGAAUCUCGCCGAGUCCUGCAGAAUGACACUGCGACUGAGGCGCGCGGGCAUCGACUUUCUCACCAGCCCGAUCGCGCGCGGACGCGGCCAGAUGCGUAUACGCACGGAGUCCAGCUUCCUGGAACCCAGAUUCGCCUCGAUCUACGCGUACGGCUGUCACCCCACGCGCUUCGACAAGCAAAUCAAGCGGCAGGACAAAUGGCCGCCGUAUCAUUCGGCGAGCGAAAAGGUAACGCCGACAUUAUCGUUGCUCCUGGGAGCUGCGAACAAGUAUGACGCGGCGGAACCGAGACAGCUGGCGGACGUCACCGAAGAGGCCGACGUUAUCAUACCGAACGAGAGCCGACAUCCGCGUUACUCGCACGCGCCCGAGACGAGCUUCGGUAUUUGGAGGAAGAAUUCCUGGAUCACCAAGUCGGUGCGCCAGAGACGUUCGACGACUCGGCAUCGAUUCGCGCGCGCCACGACGGUCGUCGCGGAUGCGUUGGAGACGAAGUCGACGGGGAAAUCUCUGAACGUCACCGCGAGUCUCAAUUUGACCGACAGCCUUCAGAGCGAGGAUCCGCCGCAAAACGUAUCCCGGGCAGUGAGACAGCUCGCCGUGGACGACAAUCUAUUCCCUAUCGAUUUGGAGGAUCCGAACAAGAACUGGCAGUCGAAGGAGCAUAUCACGAGAGAAAUGGAGGAUGUGUUCUUGCAAGGCGCUAGCCAGGCGUUAACCAAAUACAUCGAACGUCAGUUGCAUCCGGCGAUCAAAGAAGUACUGAUGGUGUCUAUGGGUUACACUAUUAGUUACGGAUAAGGAUGAGAAAGUACUCGGUGCGAUAUUGUAAUUAUACUUUAAUGACACGCUAGUCGAUGUUAACGCUUUGACGGAGCGCGCGUUUCGUGCGAGAACAUUGAAUAUUAACUGAAUUUGCUAUCUGGAAAAUAUGAUCACUUUAUUAACAUGAUUGAGAACUUUACGAGCUCAGCUUUACUUUUAUUUAUUAAAAUUCUCGAUUCAUUUAUAAUUUUAUCAUUAUUUUUAAAUUCUCUUACGCGACGCAAGUUAUAUUUAUUAAUUAUUUAAACAAUUACAUAGAAAAGUUGCGAGUAUAAAAGCAUUCGAUUCAUUUAGAAUUAUAUUUUGAUGCGAUAGCGACUGCGAUAGAUGUAGUAUUGAAAUGUGCAAUGUAUUAAACUUUUCGAAAAAUUAAAUAUAACAUGUACAAAUAAAGAACUUAUCGUUUUUCACAGUGUAAAAUUUGCGACGCGAUGGACAAUAAACCCUUCUGAAACGUAAUUUUUAGAUUUAGUUUUCGAUUUUGGAUCAACAUUCGUGAUGCGUAAACAAUGCGAUUGCUUCGAAUUAUCCAACUUGACGCGUUAAAGCAUUUCUAGGUGCAUUUGGUGCCGCAUCGUUUGGCAAUAACAAGAGCGCAUGUCAAACAAAUUAUAUCCUUCAAUGGAUUUCACUUAGUUACCGCAAAUUCGCGUCGGUGUCUUCCGAUUCUGAUUAAUGAGAAAGAAAAUACGCAAGAUAAGCUUCUUCUAAACAGAAGUCGGAAAAUUCGCUUAGCAAUGGCGCGCAAGAAAUCACGUGUAACACCUCGGGAUGAAUUUAAUAAGAACACUUCUCAUCAUAGGAGUUUCCCGAGGUUAGUUGUGAGAAUAAAAUACAUUUUCUUGCGUUUUCUUCGACUUCCUCUAUUCGCAAUCAAAUAAAUACAUGUUUGCACUGUGCAACAGAUACAACUCUAAAGAUUUUGUAAAUAAAGUAAUUAUUACUCAACGUAGAUCCAGAUUAAAGUCAUGGAAACUGUGCGAAUGGUUAUUAAAAAAGGAUUGAUAUAGUGAGAAAUUUUAAUAACAUUCU